CUCUCUCUCUCUCUCAUCUCUUUCUUCUCUCUCUCUCUCUCUCUCUCUCUCUCUCUCUACUUAGCUGAGUGAAGCUCCACUUUUCCUCUUUCCUUUUCGCUCUCUUCCCUCCUCGGCAAAAUGGAGAUGCAAGAUCACCACCAUCAGUACACCGCGGCAGAUUUGCGGCACCUCAUCAACGCCCGUCCGCCUCCACCGCCGCCGACGCACGUCCAGCCGAUCUCCCCGCGGGACCUGUUCUGCGGGGGCGGCGGCGGCCACCGGAACCAGCCGCAGCACUUGGAGUCGAUGAUGAUGGGUGGCGGCAGGCUUCACGAUAGCCAACGCCAAGGCCAUAGCCACAGCCACCACCACCGCCAGUUCGGCCUCGAUCAUUCCUCUCCCUCCUCGGCCGCCAUGGCUGGAGCGGCGGGGGGUUCAGAGAAUGAGAACGGCGGAAAUGGGAGGUGGCCGAGGCAGGAGACUCUCACCCUCCUUGAGAUCAGGUCGAGGCUCGACUCUAGGUUUAAGGAGGCCAACCAAAAGGGCCCUCUUUGGGACGAAGUUUCAAGGAUUCUGUCGGAAGAACAUGGGUACCAGCGGAGCGGCAAGAAAUGCAGGGAAAAAUUCGAGAACCUGUACAAGUAUUACAAGAAGACCAAAGAAGGAAAAGCCGGUAGACAGGACGGUAAGCACUACAGGUUCUUUCGUCAGCUCGAAGCUCUCUAUGGAGAGAACGCCAGUUCGAAUUCCAUCUGCCAAGCUCAAUCUCUUCCACACUCGCUCCACUUUCAUCCUCCACCCAACAUCGAUGACAUUAACCAGGAUGCAUCCCGACAUCAUCAUCCUCAUCAACUUCAGAGACCGUGUGAAAGUCUCAGCCUCUCCAAUUCCUCCGACUUCGGCACCUCUUCGUCAGAUGACGAUGAAGAGGAUGUUUCUGUGGAGAAGGGAAAGAAGGUAAGGAGAGGCAAGAGGGUUUGGAAGAUAAAGAUCAAGGAGUUCAUCGACUCGCAGAUGAGGAAGCUGGCGGAGAGGCAAGAAGCGUGGCUGGAGAAAAUGGUGAAGGCUCUCGAGGAGAAAGAGCGCGAGAGAGAACUGAGAGAGGAGGAGUGGAAGCAGCAAGAGAUGGCCCGGAUCGAGAGAGAGCGCAAGUUCUGGGAAAAAGAGAAGGCGUGGAUCGAAGCUCGUGAUGCCACUUUCAUGGAUGCGUUGCAGAAAUUGGCAGGGAGGGACCUGAAAUUUGUGCCGUCGCCUAGUCAGCUCUUGGCGGCAGCUGAACUCCAAACCCAUCAGAGCGAUGGCCUCACCAAAUCAAGUAAGGACAUCGAUAAUUUCAAGAAACGCAACGACAACUUGCGGUGGUGUCAUUACCCGUGCGGAAGCGAUGAAGUCAUGUACAACCAAGGAGGGGCAAAUUGUGAAAUAACUAAAGAGCAAGGACCGGAGAGUAUGACCCGAUCGGUUCAAAUGAACGACGGUUCGAGUUCGCCUUCCAAUUCCAACACCGGAAACGCAAUGCAGGAGAGCUGCUUCCGCUUCAUGAUGGUUGAGGGAGACAAUUUGUGGGAAAGCUAUGGCAUGAAGCUCACCAAGGGAGAUCAGAACUAGUAGAUCAUCGAUCAUCGUCAUUAGAGUGGGAGAAAUCGUUGUAGGACGACGGAUUUGACCGUGAUAGUGAGAUGGGAUUGGAUAGUUUUUAGCAAGAAACUGACCCGGAUGAUGGAUUAAUUGGCGACGGAUGGUUGAGGUUGAGAGGGAGAUGGACAUUCCCGACCGCUAUAACAAGAAUGGAGGUAUAUGUAUAUAUCUCUCUCUCUCUCUGAUGAUUUUAGUUCGAUAAUGAAGAUCUUCGAAAUGGGAGAUGCAGUUUGCUCAUAGAAGGCUAACAGGAUCAUUAUCAUUCCCGACAACGAAAGAUCUCUUUUCUUAAGAAGUAGGUAUUGUUCAUGGUGCUUUCUUUCCAUGCUAGUUGUGGUUCUGGAUGCGGAUCACUGUCUUAGAAAGGUUUGGUGUUCGUCUGCUAAAGAUCUCUAGUAUUUAGUUGGUCACAUGUUCUGGCUUUCAUGGCUUGCAACGUGCUUUGUCUGAUGUCCUAGCAAGUUAAUUUUGCUUUCUUGUCUUUCUCGUUCAAUUUGUAAUUCUUGAAAGCACUAGUUAUUACCAUCUUCGGACAGUCCAAUCGGCUUUUCAAUGUGUCACUGAACCCAGCUGCAA